UGAAAUGUUAGAACUGUCACUUCAGCUGCUUAAUCCAAAACCAUGUGAGAAAAAAAAAUCUCCAUUUGGCUAAGAAAGGGAUUGGGAAAGAGAGCUGAACAACAGAGUAAAUAUUUGGCAGUGGAGAGCUCUUGGGAGCUGCAGAGGACCCUCUCCUAGUGAAGCCUGCGGGUGUUAAAUAGAUUAAGUGUCAUUGUGGACAGAGAAAUUCCCGCUCUUUGGACAUGACUUGUCUUUGCCUUUGCGUGUUUUUGCUCUCCAAUCGAGUGCACUCUGUAAACUAUCCACUCCAGCAAACUUGUGGUACUGUAAUCCACUGUUGUUUGUCAACCGCUGUGAGGCUGUUGUGUACACAGACAGGAUGCUAGAAGGGCAGUGAUUCCUCUAUGUUUUUGUUCAAAGGAAACUUCUUUAUAAAAGUUCCUUAAUAUAGUUUGUUUUGCAGGGAAACACGUGUGGGUAAUGUGCGUAAAAACCCGAGAUAAAUGUUGAUUUCAGAGCAUUUUUGGCCUGCUAAUACAGGUCACCGACUUUGUUGAACUCUGAUCAUCUAAAAGGAAUUUAAUACGUCUUGAAUCACACAUGUAAUAUUGCUCCGGACUAUAGACUUGGCGGUAGUAGACGCAGAGCAGUAGAUAGUGUCCCAGAUCCCAUUCAGCUCCAUUCAAAACCAUGACAACACGGAACAAGCUCGGAUUUAUCCUGCAAAGUUAAAGGACAUUGUGCCGGGGCGUCAAUCAGGCAUUAUUGCGGGACUGAACAAAUGCAAAAUCUUGACUGGAACAAAUGCUUCCAACGGGUCUCGGACGCGGGGCUACAUUUUCCCCUUUUGUUCCCCUCCUCUGGUUGGCAUGUAUUUGUGUUCACUCUCGUCCGACCACCCAGGACGCCUGGGGAGGGAUGUCCACCACCAGCUCUCUCCUCCCCGGCCUCAUGCACCUCGCUGAAGUGGAUGAGGGUGGAUAUCAAUAUCAAAUACAUGGGGUCUGGGGGGGGGGAUGCCCCUCACAUAAGGCUGGAUUCACGCUUUGCAUUUAAUGCGUUUUAUAAGUGCGGAGCGAAAAAAAGAGACAUAAUAUCAGCCUGUAGGCGUCAGAGUGGGAGGAGAAUGAUCAUAUCUAUAUUGUAAGCAUUUUAAAAUCAAAUUAAAGAGAUACAAAUCAAUAAAUAUAUUAUAUAUUAGAAGCCAUCGUGUUCUGCCUGUUAAGCUUGAUGAAUUGUUAAUUGUUUGUCUCGAUUACCAAAAUCUUGUCAGCAGUCAUCGGUCACUGCUCCAAUUUGUCAUCUGAUUCAGGGUCUGUUUGGGUGUUUAAGUAAACAUAAUACAUUCUCUAUUUUAUAAUAGAUGUUCCUCUGUAAUACAAGUAUAAUGUUAUUGUAACACUUAACCUUAAAGCCCUUAUUCUACAUGAACAUGCAUGUUAAAUUCAUCUUCGUAACACACUAUACAGAAAUGCCAUUAUAACUUCUUCUAUUGAGACACGUGUUGCAUUGUUUUAUGAUAUCUUAAAAUAUGCUUUCCUGAACUAGCUGAUUGGGUUGAUGGGUUUAAAGCUGUUAACAAAAAACGAAGUGAUACUUAUCUUUGCUUAUAACAGCAUUAAAGUAUGUUCCAAAGCUAUUUAUAAAGGCUAAAAUAAGGUUUUACCAUUUUUGAAAAUGUGUAUAAUUAUAAUAUAUAUCAUCAUAAAUCAUCUAGAAAACUCAAAGGAAAGAAUUUCCUGUUGAGCUUCACCUAAACAUGUCAAAGGAGGUUUCCUCCACCAUCCAUAAACGUCCAAACUUCUCACGCUGUAAUUAAUACGACUCUAAUGGACGUAUUAGUUAAACCAACUUGCGGGCAUCACGCUAAUUGCUCACUUUGUAUGCAAAUAUUGGACACGUUGUUUGGUUGAGGACAGGGGGAGGAGGAGAGAGUGUGAUGAUGGGACGGGCUCUGUUGUCACUUGCCACCCAAGACGUGAUUCAGCUCCAACAAUUACCAUUAUCUGUUUCCCAGUUUGACGAUACGGGACGAAUCUGUAAUGAUGACGAGUGUUUCCUUCGCUCAUUGUUGAAGGUUUUUUCUUCCUCUUCUUAUUCCGCACCUACCGUCAUUGGGUGACAGCACUCCAGCCAUUCAGGUACUCAGCGGUGGGAGGAGGCUUUAUAAACGGGCAGUCUUGUGUUUGCAGCUUAUGGAGUGCUGUUUGUGUAAACACUGAGCCCAGUGCACACAUUGGUUUCCGAGCCGGUGUUUGGACAGUGCGUAGAGUGGAGAGGAUCCGCUGCGUUUUUUUUCCUCCUCCUUGGAUAAACUUGCUUACUUGUUUGCGCAAAACAAACCCCGGAUUGCACCUACGAUUUACACGCCAUGGCUGCACCGAUCAAGUUCAGUUUUUCCGUCAGGAGCAUCCUGGACCUGCCGGAGCAGGAUGCGGAGGCAACGCCGCGGUCCUCCCCGCUCUACUCCUCCUGCUCCUCCAGCUCGCCCUACAGCUCCUGGAUGGACUGCGACCGGAGCCCCUGCAUGUCUUCUGAUGAGGGUAGUCUCGAGGCCUCCCCAGACUCCACCAAGCCGGAUGACUCUUCUCUUGACUCGGAGCCGGACCGGAGCAAAAAGAGCAAGAAGCGCCGGGUCCUGUUCUCCAAGGCGCAGACCCUGGAGCUGGAGAGGCGCUUCCGGCAGCAGCGCUACCUGUCCGGCCCGGAGAGGGAGCAGCUCGCCCGGCUCCUCAGCCUGACCCCGACCCAGGUGAAGAUCUGGUUCCAAAACCACCGCUACAAGAUGAAGAGAGGCCGGGCUGAGGGAAUUCUGUUUCAGGAACUGGACAUCCAGCAGCCUCCGAUGCUGCGCAGGGUCGUCGUUCCGAUCCUGGUCCGGGAUGGGAAACCUUUUCACACCUGCUUACUCGACACGGAGAAAGCUGGAUGUUUACCUCAUUCCUCAGCGGUUCCGUUCUCCUUAGCCUACCCGAGUCUUCAGCACCCGUCUCCCGUCGCUCUUCCUCCGCGGUACCAGCAGCACUUUCCCGCCGCGGCGGCCUCCAGGUUCGCCUGGAGAGACUUUUGGAGCGACUCGGUCCAUUUUAAUUCCUUCAAGUGAAGGCCUCAUCUCCAUGCAAAAACUGAUUUAGAAUUGCAUCAAAUGUUUUCUGAAUGUUUUGCAUAUUUUCGAGCAACUUAAACAUUUAGAUUUUUUAUAUAGAACGAAGGAUAUUUUGCACAUUUUAUUUUGAUAUUUUACUUUUCUAAAUGCUACAUACUUGGGCUUACUGGUGUAGCCUGCAUAUGUUUUAAUUAUCCGGAGAGAUAAUGUAUUAUUAUUUUUAUGUGGAGCUGACACAUAAUAUUUGUAUAAAUAACUGUUGAAGACAAAUAAGGGACAGUAGGCUUUAGGCCACUAUUAGCCUGAAUGUUUAAAGGAAGAAUAAUGUUAUUUGUUGUCUUUAAGGAGUCUUUCUUUAAAGGUUUUAAGUGUAAUAUGUUUCUUUUUGUGAACGAAAUUAUUAAUAAAAAGUUUCUCAUAUUUUGUAAGAUAAUAAUUGACUGUGUAAUGUGCUUUCU